AUGGGACUUCCGAUGUCGAAAGCGCCGGUGCGGGCAAUCCACCGUCUUGCAUCGAUCAUGCGCCACGUUCGUUUGGUUGGCACCCCAUGUCAGACAGGAAUCAACAUACAGCUGCACCACGGCUUGUAGACCUCGGCACGCGACAGGCGUGCGACAGGCAUGGGCCCUCUGUGCUGUGAGUGUCCUCGAAUGUCUUCGUAAGUUUGUGAAGGUGAGGCCCGAAGUGCUUGUGCGAAACUCACAAACGACGCGAGCCAUGACGCGAGCACAAAACACUUCCCCAUUCCGCAAUGACAGGGCGUCAGUCGAGCCACAUAAGCUUAAUUAAUUAAGCUCAUUCACUCAUUCACUCAGUCGUGCCUGGAGCCUCAUGUGUGCCUGACGGGCGCCCCGAAAUCCAACUAUACCGGGAGCCACCUGCCGGCAGCCUCUGCUGCACGGGCAGCCUCUUCAACGGCGAAUAGAUCUUGAGGUGUGCCUUACGAACAGUCUCUGCAUAGCAGACAGAAGACACACAUCCGUGCAUGUGUGUAAGUACCGAUCAAGUAGGUUAAAAUGCAAACGGCGGGUGGGUAUUCUUAUCCGUCUGUCCGUCUGUCUCAGAGUCUAACUCACUUCUGUCCUUGUCCCAGUUGUCGUGUCCAGGGAAGAAUUUGAUGGUAUGGUUGCCAUCCUCGUCCGUCUCAGUUGACAUGAGGUCAGCGCCCUUGAACACGUGGCCUGGGCGGCUCUGGAACAUCUCGACGAUCUUCUGUCUCACACGAGGCAAGGCAAGGACACACACAGGAUGAGACACGUAGUUGUUGCAAACACAUCUGAGUCGCUGUGGCUUGCUCCUCCUCACCACGACGUUGGCGGCCAUGCACCAGGUCUCCGGACCGUCCGAGCCGACCAGCAUCUUACCAGCCGAGUUGCAGUGUUUGGCUUCGUCUUCUUUUGUCUUCACUGUCUCGCAUGUGCCCUCUCCCUUGUCAACCCUCUUGUCAUCGUCAGUCGGUCCGCUGGCCAUCCGUAUCUGUCGUCCGGAGAGACAGCACAGACAGAAACGCUCCCGCGUUAAAUCGGACAGUUCCUAGAUCACCUCGUCGACGACACAGGUCUGUUUGUCUGGGCACUUCGGGUCCCACAUGUGGCUCCCGUACACGUGUGCCUGUGUGUAGACGACACAGAAGCGUCGUAAGGCCAUCGUGCGACGUCUCACCGUUUUUUGGUUCCCGUGAAUUCGGUGUAGUAGGCUAUCAUGCUGACUUCGCACGGCUCAGGCUCGAGGUUCUUGCAAGUGGCCAGAGCGACGCAGGAGGCGAGCACCAGGGCCUUAAGCAGAAGGUUCGACGAACCGCAAACUUACCUUAUCCGGAGGGCUCAU